AAGCCCGCUCUUUUUUCUCGAAGGUUCGGCUUAAUCUCCGAUGAGAUGCAAGCGUAGUCGCGACAAGCAACAUUCGAAGUUGUCAAGACAACACUGUGUACACUGCUCCUUCCUCUGCGGCAAUUUGCCCCUUUCACUCAGCAAAUAUGGUUGGUCUUUUUUGCGUGUUGUAGUCUGGCAAAUCGGGACAACUGAAUUUGGUCUUUGCGUCCGCAUGAUGAACACAAUCGCCGAGACCUGGAAAGUCCGCUGAGUUUCUUAGUCUGCUGUUUUGCAUGCGAGGUAUUAGAGUCUGUCGCUGUUCAGAAUAGUGAGACACAAUGAGGGCGAGUGUGUUUCCCUUCAUAUAAUGGUGGUCUUGGCACCGCGAGCGCGAACGCACAACAUGCAGUCCCUCCAGCAGGAGUUUUGUUUCACUGGUGCCUCACCGGAACUGGGAGAGUUCUCUAGGAAGAGCCGGUGGCCAACGGGAAACCGGAACCUGAGCGAGUUGCGCUGUUUCGGGAGAACCGGGCGCUGUCACAGGCUACUCGACUGUGCGUUUGUCGCAGCAGUGUUCCAUACUCUUGUAUCCGUCUGUUCAUCCAAUGCCCACUCACUCAACCACCAUCAGCUUCGUCGCUUUCAUCAACCUGAAGCCACCACCCCUCAGUCCACGCAUGCCGUCUCUGCUUCCCCGUUCGCUCUUCUGCAUACUCAUUUGGAUGGACCUACCCAGCAGAACUCGACAAGGAAGACAUUUUCUCCUACCAGCAAAUUCCCUUUCGUUUCCUACCCUAAGAAAUGGCUCUACCUACCUGCCACAGUAACAGACUCUGCUACACCUGGCGUACCUAAGUUCGAGGUGUUAAACGGAAAAAAUAACUUUGUGGGGCAUGCCAGACCUGCAAAUCACUCGACCCCAAAGAAAGGCGUCUCUAGCGCUUGUCUAUUCUUCUUAGGUUUCAAACCAGAGCGAAAUGUGAGUCCAUUUCGUCAUCGACGAAGCGCUGGUUGUUCUUCGGGAAUAUUCCCUACGCAGGCAUACGCGUUCACGUUUGUCAAACCAUCGGUAUCUCCCGCCCUUCUUGAGCGCAGGCUCUCCCAAAGUUCACUUCGAAUGAAAAAGCCGCUCUCCCCAUUAUUUCAAAAGCUACCGGCAAGCGACGAAGCGUACUCUCUGUGCACACGGUUGCACUUCAGCUCGUGUAAGUCAGGCCUCGAAGGAACCACUCUUUCACACCGGUUCUGGAAAAGACACUAUGCCAUAAAGAAUUGCGUCACCGAUUUGCGGUGUGAUGAAGCUGCUCCCGUGGCAACAUCUCGGUCGCAUAAAUCCACUUGGACUUCUUCCCCCAACGACAAUUGCCAUGGUUCUUCUCCGUCUCGAUGUUUUGCCUUUGACCCUUCUGGCGGCCUUCUUUCCGCAGCUCCAAUGAUGGAUUACACGAAUCGCCACUGGCGACGUCUGAUCAGUUUGAUGUCGCGGCGCUUGACUUUGUAUACAGAGAUGGUGCCUGUCCCUCCGGCUCCUUGUGAAAGUCCGGACAGUUCUCAAGACCUUCCAUUUUCCGUAAAGCGGAAACUGUUGGAAGAAGCGGGUAGCCUCGCCAGCGUUCCUAAUGAUGUUGUUCUUCAAGUGGGCGUGGGAAGCGCCCAGAGCGCCACUGCGGUUGCCCGUGUGCUCAACGAAUUUAGCGUGGACAGAGACCAUGCCGAGCCGGUCACAAGGAUGCGAGGCAAGCGUACCUUUUUAGUCAAUCUUAACUGUGGGUGCCCCAGUCCACGCGUCGCCAAGGGAUCGUUCGGGUUGAUUCUCAUGGAAGAUCCUAAGCGUGUUGCAGAGAUGUGCCAGAUUCUCGUUGACGGUGCGAACAACCGAGAGGGCCAGAAGAGGUGCAGCCUCGACGUGAUGGGAAAGUCUGCAAGAGGAGACACGAAGGAUAGGACGGUCCACACAAACGACUCUCCCGAAACUGACAGCGUAGCAGUGUCUGUCAAAUGUCGGGUUGGGAUCGAAGAAGACAAGCAAUUUCUUCGGUCCGGAAGCAGCCCGAUAUCCAGCGCUACAACUCCCUAUUCUUCGUCCUCAUGCACAUAUGACAAGCUCGCUGAAUUCGUUGGUACAGUGGUUGAGACGUCCCCGGUAAGGCAUUUCAUAAUUCACGCUCGGCCUGGAAUACUGGUGGGUAAGUUGUCACCGAAGCAGAACCUUCAAAUUCCGCAACGGAGGCCCGAGUGGGUGUACAGGCUCUGCAGUGACUUUCCAACCGUGUCAUUCACGUUCAACGGCGGCGUCAAAUCAUUUCAGAACGCAGAAGAACACUUGUUGAACACAAAUGAUAAACUUGCCGGUAUUAUGGUCGGCCGAGAUAUGCUUGAGAGGCCAUGGUAUUGGGGAUCGCAUGCGGACGCUUUUAUCACUGCACAGGAACAGAGACGUGGUAUGCGUUCGAAUUCGACUAUCGAGGGAAGCAUGGGAAAAUCCAAUGCCACUCUCGCCGGUGACAACAGGAGAAAGGUGAAGGCAGAUUUAGGAACGGUGGAAGUAACUGUUUCACGCGCACAACGGUGGAUGACUGAGCCUUGUGAGACACAAAGAAUAAUGGAACGUGUGACCCGGGCAGAAGUGUUGGAGCGAUAUGCAUGCUAUGUCGAUGAAGUAGAGAAAACUGAUAGACUAAGGUGUACAUCAGAUGAACAAGAAACGGGGAGGAGCGGGAAUAGAAAAGCCACCAGCGGCGGGCAAAUGAUACUGAACAGUCGGGCGUCGUUGCUGAAGCCGCUGUUGAAUAUGUUCGCUGGCGAACCAGGAAGCCGUGCGUUUAAGCAAAGGCUUCAGGCUGCCUGUGGCAAUCCAGAGAGUUUCCACGUUGGACAGAGUGAAUCAUCAGAUGAAGACGGCUUACAUAAAGGAAGGGGAGAAGUUUCGAGUGGUGAAUAUUCGAGGCAAGUUGUUGCCUCUAACGCCUCGGGGCUUCGGUUUCCAAGACAGGAGUCGACAGGCGAAAUCAUUCGCCAGACCUUAGAAGUCAUUCCAACGGGCAUUCUUCACUCACAACCAGAAUGGGAUUUCUGGCACGCAGGAGUAGUCUCUUUCCUACCAGAGACUGUGAAGCCCACAUAA